CCAAUCUUGAAACAAAAGGGGUACAUCCAUUUGAAGGCGCGCGGAGAUGAGCCGAAUUAGACUUCUUCAAUCCAUCCGCUCUUGCAAAUCUAAGCUGCCGCAGUCAAAUCUGUUAGUUUCAUAGAAACCAGCAGGUUCAUAACAUCGACACAGGCUCGCUUGAUCACUUUUCACCGACUCAAUUCACAGUUUCAUGCUAUCGGGCUGGGGUUUUUGUCAGAUUUGUUCGGUUGAGAGGUAUGGUGCUUAUGAAUUUUCUCAUAGAAGUGAAAAUUUGAUUUGGGUAUAUGGUUGGAUAUAAGAGCCUACAUUCUUCAGACUACGUGGUUUGUGGUUCAUCUAGUAGCGGAAUUUCUGUUCAUUUCGCUUGUUCGUAUUUUAGUUCAGAUUGAUCUAUUGUCUUUCCUGUAAUAGAAUAUUGGGAGAACGUAUAUUCAUCAGAGACAAGUUGAUUGGUCUUAUUGUUUGAAAUUGAAGUGGGAUUGGGGUUCCUUUUGAAAUGGGUAAACCACUGUUUUAUGAGAUAAUUGAGAAGCCAGCUACAAGUUGUAUUAUAGCAAUAUGCAGUGCAAUCUGGCUUUAUAUACAGAAGAAAAACAUUGGAUAUUCUCAUGUGGGGUUGAGUUACGAGACUGCUCUGGAAGGCCAUCACUGGAGGAUAAUAACAUCUGCAUUUUCACACAUUAGUGUGCUUCAUCUUGUUUUCAACAUGAGUGCUCUUUGGAGCUUAGGAGUUGUUGAGAAGUUAGGGAAUUUAGGUCUUGGAGUGGAGUAUUACCUGCAUUAUACUCUGGUUUUGGUCAUUCUGUCAGGUGUACUAGUCCUGGGGAUGUAUCAUGUUCUCAUUCAGAGGUUUAAAUUUGAGUAUUUCCGAAGAGUUACUGCUGUGGGGUAUUCCUGUGUGGUUUUUGGGUGGAUGACUAUUCUGUCUGUUAAGCAGCCUUCAUCAAAAUUGGAUCUUUUUGGGUUUCUUUCGCUUCCCAUAAGUUUUGCACCAUUUGAGUCGCUCAUCUUAACCUCCAUCAUUGUUCCUCAAGCAAGUUUUCUCGGCCACUUAUCUGGAAUCAUUGUCGGUUAUUCAAUUGCCUGGGGGUUGAUUCAUGGCAUGAACAAUUAUUGGGCAAUUACAAUGCUGGGGUGGAUAAUAGUUGUGUUUGCUUUCAGUUUGAAGAAAUCUGGUGCGAUAGAUUUCAACUUUCUUGAGGUUGAGACCAUCACCGACAAUUCACUGCCUUCUUCUGUGCGCUUCCUUGGUGCUGGUAAUGGGAGAACUUUACAAAUGGCCGCAUUACCAGAUGCUGGCCCUGUUCUUGUAUAGCCACUGUUUAGUUAUUUUUCACGUUGUGGGAUAUAGUUAAGAACUGCACUGUACUUAUUUGAUGUAUGCAUAUGUAUUGGGUGUUAUGUAUGUUGAAAGGUUUAUAUUUUGAACUAUGAUUAUUCUUAAAUUACCUAGCAUUCAAGAGUUU